CAAGGUCCUUAGCGCGUCUCUCGCCCAGCCGUCCUCGUUCCCUCUCUCUCUCUCUCCAUAUCUCGCGUCACUUUGCUCCCUCUCGAAGGCAACAUCGAAUGCUCUCCAUCUUCUUCGUCUUCUUCUUCGCUUUCUCUCCUGUUUUUGUGCGUGGCUUGUCAGCAAGGCUUCGAGGAAGUUGACUGACGUCGCGCCGUCGAGGCUUCGACGGGAGUGUCCGGUUUCUCGGAGGUGCGACUUGCAUUUGGUCUUUUUACUGUGUUCUCGCCUUCGAUCUCUUGCUCGCGAUCGGUGCAUGCUGCAUCUGUUUUUGGUUGCCUAUUUUACUUCGAAACUCUGCUUUGGCCUUCUCCUUGUAGUGUCUGGUGACACUGAAAUUACGAAGUUAUUUAGACUUCUCCACGUGAACUACGGUGGAUAUGUCAAGCUUUAUUGGUGUUCUUGUGUCCGAUCCAUGGCUACAGAGCCAAUUCACUCAGGUUGAGCUCCGUAGCCUAAAGACGAAAUUCACCUCAAUAAAGAACCAAAAUGGCAAAGUCACUGUUAAAGAUUUGCCAUCUCUGUUGGUGAAGUUGAAAGCUUUUAGUGAAACCUUCUCCGAGGAGGAGAUUGGGGUAAUAUUGGCUGAGUCGAAGUCUGGCAUGAGCAAAGAGAUAGAUUUUGAAGAAUUUCUCAGGAUCUAUGUGAGUUUGCAUGCUGAAGCUGCAUCUAAUAGGGGAAGUUCAAAGAACUCUUCUUCAUUUCUCAAGGCUACCACAACCACCCUCCUCCACACGAUCAGUGGAUCAGAAAAGGCAUCUUAUGUUGCUCACAUAAACAGUUAUCUCCGUGAUGACCCAUUUCUAAAGCAAUUCCUUCCAAUAGAUCCAGCGACAAACGAUUUGUUUAAUCUUGCUAGAGAUGGAGUUCUUCUGUGCAAGCUCAUCAAUGUUGCUGUGCCCGGGACAAUUGAUGAGCGAGCUAUCAAUACCAAGCGAGUGCUCAAUCCAUGGGAGAGGAAUGAGAACCAUACUCUGUGUCUCAACUCAGCAAAGGCAAUUGGUUGUACUGUGGUUAAUAUAGGCACGCAAGACUUGGUUGAAGGAAGGCCACAUCUAGUGCUUGGAUUGAUUUCUCAGAUUAUAAAGAUCCAAUUGUUAGCCGAUCUCAACCUCAAGAAGACACCUCAGCUUGUGGAAUUGGUAGACGAUAGCAAGGAUGUUGAGGAGCUCAUGGGUCUAGCCCCUGAGAAGGUUUUAUUGAGAUGGAUGAACUUUCAUCUCAAGAAAGCAGGCUACAAGAAAACUGUUUCGAAUUUCUCUUCUGAUGUAAAGGAUGGAGAGGCGUAUGCAUAUCUACUGAAUGUUCUUGCUCCAGAGCACUGCAGUCCAGCCACACUAGAUGCAAAAGAUCCAAAUGAGAGGGCAAAACUGAUACUUGAUCAUGCUGAGAAAAUGGACUGCAAAAGAUACUUAACCCCAAAAGAUAUUGUUGAGGGCUCAUCAAAUUUAAAUCUUGCAUUUGUUGCACAAAUAUUUCAUCAAAGAAAUGGCCUGUCUACAGACAGCAGAAGUGUUACAUAUGCAGAGAUGAUGACUGAUGAUAUUCAGACAUCAAGAGAAGAAAGAUGCUUCCGCCUCUGGAUUAAUAGUCUGGGUAUUGUUAGCUAUGUCAACAAUGUCUUUGAGGAUGUCAGAAAUGGAUGCGUACUUCUGGAAGUGCUUGACAAGGUCUCUCCUGGGUCAGUUAACUGGAAGCAGGCAUCAAAACCUCCAAUCAAGAUGCCUUUCAGAAAAGUAGAGAACUGCAAUCAAGUAAUUAGGAUUGGAAAGCAGUUGAAGUUCUCUCUAGUGAAUGUAGCUGGAAAUGACUUUGUUUCAGGAAAUAAGAAGCUUAUACUGGCUUUCCUGUGGCAGUUGAUGAGAUUUAGCAUGCUUCAACUUUUAAAGAACUUGAGAUUCCACUCCCAUGGAAAGGAGAUCACAGAUGCCGAUAUCCUGAAUUGGGCAAAUGAGAAAGUCAAGAGCACGGGAAGAACUUCUCAGAUAGAGAGCUUCAAGGAUAAGAGUUUAUCUAAUGGAAUAUUCUUCCUCGAGCUUUUGAGCUCAGUGGAACCAAGGGUGGUCAAUUGGAAUCUUGUAACAAAAGGCGAAAGUGUGGAAGAAAAGAAGUUGAAUGCAACAUAUAUAAUCAGUGUCGCAAGAAAGCUUGGCUGUUCCAUCUUCUUGCUACCUGAGGACAUCAUGGAGGUAAACCAGAAGAUGAUGCUCACUCUAGCAGCCAGCAUCAUGUACUGGAGUCUGCAACAGCCCGUGGGGGACUCAGAGUCAUGUCCCAGCCCUGCCGAGUCAACCAUCACCGUCGCUACUCCUGAUGCCUCUCCAGCAUCAUCCAUAAACGAGGAGGACGAGAACUCCUCCUUGAGCGGUGAAGUGUCAAACAUGACCAUUGACGAUAAUGUCUCCGAUACAACGACAGUCUCCUCUCAACUUGACAACGAGGAGACUCCUCCGUGUGAAUGACCAAUGAGCAGAUGUAGGAUAUAGGAUCAUCAAUAUCUACAGGUCACUGAGGGAGGAGUCCUUGUCUUUCCUUUCAGCUUCAAACUUGAAUCGCGACCAACAUCCCUCUCAGACAUCAUUUUGUCAGUUGGAGAAGAGAACGCAGGAGAAAUACAAUCGGCAAAAGAGGCGGUCGGAAAAAUUGAUGAAGCAAAUGAAUGAUGUGCAUUCGUUGAACCGCCCGAAAGGUGUAUAUUUCAGUUUGUCGAUUUUGUUGUUGUAGUUCUUCUUUCCUUUCUCUUUUCUGAUGUGGUCUAAACAUGCAUCAGGCCAUGCUCUCCAUGGUUAUUACGAAAAAAGUGGUUUCGGCACAUCGUGUAAUUUAUAUGUCCGUCGCCCCACCAAUUUGCUUUCCCCUUGGGGAUGGUAAAAUCCACUCUGCUGCCAUCACAGCAUGCUUCUGGAUCAGAGUUUCCCUGUCCUACGACCUUCCUGCAGUUUGUACGACUCUUCACCGAAUGCGUCGAUUUGAAACUUCCAAUACGAUUCAAUCGUUUUCAGG